AGAGGAUUUUUUACCGGCACCCGGUUCCGUUCGGCCGCACCCUGACCCAGACUCCUGGACCUGCAGACCUCCGCGCUGGGACCUCGGUUCUCUCCUCCAUCUCCAGGCUGCGCUCUCAGCUCUUCUUCUUUCUACUGAGGGACACAUAAGGACAGGACAUGACUGCGGUGUGGAAGGGACUGUCCACAUGCUGGUGUCUGUUGAUGCUGAUUCACUGUCUGGCUCUAACAGAUGCAGCUUUCACAUGUAGCUCUUCUCAGUUCAAGUGUGGAAACGGCCGAUGCGUCACCCGCAGGUGGAUCUGUGACGGAACCGACGACUGUGGCGAUGGGAGCGACGAACUGACAGCUGUGUGCUCGGCUAAAACCUGCAUGGCAUCCCAGUUCAACUGUGGGGCUCCAUUAAACCAGUGUAUACCAAAGAGCUGGCAUUGUGACGGCAAAGCUGACUGCAGCAACGGGGCUGAUGAGAAGAACUGCACCCUAAAAGAAUGCAAGGCCGAGGAGUUUCGCUGCAGCAACGGCCAGUGCGUAUCCAAGGCCUUCGUUUGUGACAAAGAAAACGACUGCACUGACGGCUCAGACGAGGUGGCCUGUCCCAAGCCCACCUGCAGCCCUCGGAACUUCCAGUGCAACAACUCCGUGUGUGUGCCAUUGAUGUGGAAAUGCGACGGGGACAGGGACUGUCUGGACGGGUCCGACGAGUGGCCGGAGAACUGUGAGGGGAAGCCGACAGAGAAGCCGCAGCCGCUGUGCCGUGCCGAUGAGCUCCAGUGUGCGAACGGGGAAUGUAUUCCCGGCAAAUGGCGGUGUGACGGCGCUCCGGAUUGCCCGGAUGGCUCUGACGAAUACAACUGCAGCAGGCCGGCAUGUGGUCGAGGCGAAUUCCGGUGUGACAACGGCAGAUGUAUCGCCGAGAACCUGAAGUGUAACUCGGCGAACGACUGCGGAGACGAGAGCGAUGAGAAGGGCUGCCAGAGAGGUCACGUGUGCGAAGGCCCUGGCAACUUCACGUGCGGCGGCGGGGAGUGCAUCAGCGCUGACAAAGUGUGCGACUCAAAGAGGGACUGCAGCGACGGGUCUGAUGAACCACUUGAGUGUGGCAGAAACGAGUGUUUAGCAGCAAACGGCGGCUGUUCCCAUCAGUGCAAUGACCUGAAGGUUGGCUACAGCUGCUCCUGCCCCGCUGGAUACAGGCUUAAGAGUGACAACAAAACCUGUGAAGACAUCGAUGAGUGUGAGGUCCCAGACACCUGCAGUCAGAUUUGCAUCAACCUGGCCGGAAGUUACAAGUGUGACUGCGACGAGGGGUAUAAGAUCGAUCCAGUGAGCAACACGUGCAAGGCUGAAUCAGGGACCGUGGCCACGCUCUUCUUCACCACCAAGCACGAGGUCAGGGAGCUCGCUGUGGACCGCAGCGAGUAUGUCCAACUGAUCCCGGAGCUGAAAAACGCUUUGGCUCUGGAUCUGGACAUGUUGCAGAAGAGGAUCUACUGGUCGGACCGGUCUCUGAAGAAAAUCUUCAGCUCAAAUAUAGAAAAGGCGGGCAAUUCUGCUAAUCACGUGGAGGUAAUUCAAAGCGGGAUUGAAGCCCCAGAAGGCCUUGCGGUGGAUUGGAUCCAUGGCAACAUCUACUGGACUGACAGCACCCUGAAGACCAUCUCUGUGGCGACUACAGUGGGGGAUAAGAGGAAGACCCUGAUCAGUGAGAAACUUGGGAGGCCCAGAGCCAUCACAGUCGACCCAGAAAACAACUUUAUGUACUGGACCGACUGGGGCGAGGAGCCUAAGAUCGAGAAGUGUGGACUGAACGGAGCCGGCCGUGUUGCCCUGGUGAAAGACAACAUUCAAUGGCCCAACGGCAUCACCCUCGAUAUGGUCAGCCAGCGCCUGUACUGGGUCGACGCCAAGCUGCACGCCAUCUUCAGCAUCGACGUGAACGGAGGGUCCCGACACACGGUCAUGGUCAGCGAGGAGAAGAUCCGACAUCCCUUCUCGCUGGCUGUCUUUGAGGAGAAGGUGUUUUGGACAGAAACCAUCCGAGGUGUCGUUUCCAGCGCCAACCGCCUGACGGGAAAGGACAUCAACGAGCUGGCGACUGAUCUGCAGCAUCCAGAAGACAUCGUGCUUUACCACAACCUCAAGCAGCCAAUCGGCAUAAACUGGUGCAGAGAAGGCAACAGCAUGAAUGGAGGUUGUGAGUUCCUCUGCCUUCCCGCUCCUCUGCUCGGCGGGGGCUCUCCUAAGUACACCUGUGCCUGUCCAGACGACAAGGUCCUGGCCCCAGACAUGAGGAAAUGUGUGGCAGGUACGCCCCCUGCCAAGAACAGGACUGACCUACCUGCAAUGGGCAAAACGACCCCCGGCCAACCAGCUACACCUAGAACCACCGGAGCUGCUGGGAUGCCCAAAACGAGCUCGUCUGUCCAGUCCAAAGAGGCCACGGAGAAUCCCGCUGGCACUGCUCAAGUGUUCCGACAUGCCCUGAUGCCCGAAGAAGCUCCCCCAUCUCACCCUGUUGCUCUCUACGUUGUUCUGCCGCUCGUGGUCAUCGCUGGGCUGGUGUUUGGAGCGGUGCUGUUUUGGAGAAACUGGCACAGGAAGAACACCAACACCAUCCACUUCGCCAACCCCGUGUACCAGAAGACCACCGAGGACGAGAUGCACAUCUGCAGGAACGGCUCGGACGGCUUCGUCUACCCUGAGAGGCAGGUGGUGAACAUGGACGACACGGAUAUUCUAUGAUCUGAAGAACCUUAACUGGAAGUUUUCUGCUCCUCUGAAGAAACCCGACCGGCUGCUUCACCCCCCCCCCUCCCCCCGUGACCUCCGUCUGUGUUCUGUUCUCAGCACUGUGCCGUCCAAGCCUGCUAAAGAGCUUCUCUUAAACUCUAGCACGGCAAACACAAGCAUGAGUACAGCCAGAACACUUUUCUGUCCUCCCUGAAUGAAAAAGCAACGCACGGUGUCAGAAGAUGACGCUAAUCUGGGGGCUAUGACUCUUUUGAUGCUCGAUAAACGUGCUCGGUAACACAAACAAGAACACUGAAAUGGGUCCUCCUCAUCUUGCCCCUCCACCAUUUCAUACUUUUGCAGUUAUGGCUGGUACGCACCCGACUUUUGGGUUUAGGGAGGAGCUGUUUUCCACGGUACGCUUCCUUUUGAAUGUAUCAGUUUGUCAACGACCAAUAGUUUCCUUUAAAUCAUUUAUUUUCACAAUCUACUCCUAGUUUCCUAUAAGUAAGU